GUGACCUCAACAGUCUCCGUCUCCAUUUUCUGCGAUUUAAGAGCUAGGGUUUCCGUGCCGUUUCUCAUCGUGAGCGCCAUGAGAAGUACCAGCAGAGCAGAGUGAGGAGGCGAAGAGGGCCCAACCACCCGAGAGCCGGAGGUGCGGGCCUCCUCGUCGUCCGCCUCCGCCGCCGCCGAUGGGUCAGCCGGCGCCUCGUCCCCAAGCCGCUGUUCCUGAGGCGGCCGUUCCUGAAGCGGUCGGUGCCGAGGACUUGUCGGCAGCGGCGGCGGAGGACGACGAGGAGCCCGCACCGCUCUCGGGUGGCUUGUGCCCUCUUCGCCUUCUCGCUUUGACUCUGUUGGAACUUCUCAUGCCUCACCUCACGCCUGGAAGUCGAGAACGGCAGUGCCGCGGAAACCCACGUUUUUAGGUUUUGAUUGUGUGUUGUUUGGUAGGGCUUGACUGGAAUGAAAGGUUUAUCUGACGCCAGAGUUGAUGAGAUUUGUGAAGCUGCCGAGAAGAUAGUGGUGACUUUGACUUGGGCAUAAUAGUAUGAAUUUCCAAUGUAUUUACCCCCCUUGUCCUAUCUCCUCUCCAUUUGUGUACUAGAAGAUUGUUUCUCGUGUGGAAAGAAAAAAGAAUAGAAGGAUGGGGUCGUCUUCCUCCCAGAAACUCGAAGUCAAUAACCGUUUUCCUCUGCGUUUUUACUUUCGGAUGGCUAAUAUAAUUCUCAGACAGGCUGACAUAUAUCGGGAAGAGAAAGAUAUUUUUUACCUGUACAUUACGCUCCUAAGGUUUGCAAGUUUGGUCUCCGAGACAAUACCGGAUCAUCAAGACUAUAUAAAGGCUGAUCAAAGAGAAAGAUCCUCUCAGAAGGAAGUGAAAAAGAAAUUGUUGAAUGCUCUUGCUGAGCUAGAGGAGUUAAAACCAGCAGUUAAACAGAAGACCAAUGAGAUAAACAGAGGAAAUGCAUAUCAAAACAGCAGGCAUGAUCACCAAACUGGGGAAAGUAUACCUCGUAGAUCUGAUAAAAAGAAAGUAGAAAGUGUGGGGACUUGUAGCUCCAGUACUGGUGGAGAGAAUUUAUCCCCGCACCCAACACCAGAGUUUCCCUUUGGUCUCCCUGGUAACAAGAGAUUAAAGAAAGAGACACGAACAAAAAUUUUACUUGAAGAGGCACAUGAUUGGAAGCUUACCACUCCAUGCAAGCCAAUACCACAGGCGCGUCCUGCAAUUAACCAGCCAACUGCACCACGAGUUGAAGAAGAUUUAGAGCUGGUCAAGGCUAUUGAUGCCUCCUUCCAGUCUGCUUUGCAGGAGAGGCCGCCCUUGUCUGAUGCACUCCAAAUCCAUGAAACAAAUGCAUCAAGUAGUUCGAGUACCUCCAUGGAUAGUGGAGACUUGUCACAGUGUGAAAGUGUCCCAGGAGGGGAUUCAGAUUCACAUGCAGAGAUCCAUGUAAUCUCUACCAUUCAAACAUCUACUACCUCAGAAUCAAUCCCAUCAGCUCCACCAGUUUCAGAUGAUUGUCUAAAUGAUCCUUUUCAGUGUCGAUCAACUGAUUCCAGUCCUAUCCAGGAAGGUGAAAAUGCUUCUUCUUCAUGCGUGAUAUGUAUGGAUGCUCCAGUUGAAGGAGCUUUUAUCCCAUGUGGGCAUAUGGCUGGAUGCAUGGCUUGUUUGAAUGACAUUAAAGAUAAGAACUGGGAUUGCCCUGUCUGCCGCGUUAAGGUCGAUCAGGUCAUAAAGCUCUAUGUUGUAUGAGUCAUUAGCAUUGAACACCUUGAAGAUUCUGUUUCUGUUAAUAGAUGAAGUUCUGCCCAACCUGAGUUUGCUGUACACGUUAUUACCUUUCACAUUGCUUUGUUAAGUAUUAGCACUUGGUUUUCACUUUUCAGUUUUUGAUGGGUGUAAAUUCUGUAUGUAUAUUUACCCUUUUCUUUAAAAUGUGUUUCUUAUCAAUGAAUUCAGGUUAUGAGAUUUACCCUCUUUUAUAA